AUGAUGCUGGAUGAUCUCCACACGGCUACGACCGGCCUCUUGCUCUUCCUCGGCCUCCUCUUGCUCUUCCUCAGUCUCUUCCACCUCAUCUUCCUCCUCUUCCUCGUCUGCAUGUGGAAGCCCAUGAUGCUCCUCCUGGUUGAGAAGGGCCUGGCGACGAAGAAGAAGGUCGUCGCCUUGCAGGAGAAGCUUGCAGCGGACAUGGCUGGUGUCACUACCGCGCGCCUCGAGAUCGCGGCCGCAGAGGCGGUGGUGAGUCGCCGUCUCGUCCGCUCCGUGAGUGCCCCGGUGCUCCCGUACGAGCUGUCGUCGUGCAAGCCCGUGGCGGCGGUCGCUCAGAAUGGUUACCUCGCUCGCAAGGCUCCGACCAAGACUGCGUAG